UUUUUUUUUUUCUGGUUUUACUGCUGAAGGUAAACAAAUGGACCCGACGGCUGUUUGUUUGCGUGAAAACAUGAAAAAUGUGGCUGAGCCGCGCGGAUUGAAGCGACUAAAAUGCCCAAACAGAAGAGGAGAUUUAACGUACGGUUCCCCCCCAGUCGCAUCAAAAAAAUCAUGCAGAAGGACACAGAGGUGGGGAGGAUUGCCAUGGCAGUUCCUGUGAUCAUAUCCCGAGCGUUGGAGAUGUUUCUGAAGUCUCUGUUGACCAAAACCUGUCUGAUAACUCAGUCCAAUCUCAGCACCAUCUUAUCUGUGGCUCACAUGAAGCAGUGCAUCGAGUCAGAGAAGCUCUUCCACUUCCUCAAGGACCUGGUGGAGGAAGCCACAUCUACGGCAACCCAGAAGGACAACAGAGGCAUGAGUAUAUGGCCUUUAUACAGGAGCAAAUGUCAUGAAAUUCCUGUUAAAAAAACGACUGAAGCUGCAGAAAUGGUGCCACGAGGGAGUCUCGACUCGUUUGACAACAACUCAAGCUCCAGCGAGUCGGAGCUCUACAUCUGCUUCUGACUGUUCUCAGCCACCAGAAACUGCUGCAAAGCUACAGCUGCACGUCCUUUCAUCGUUUCUGUUCACGCGUUUCUUUAAGCUUUGAAAAGUUACUUACGUUAUGUGCUACGUUGGAUCUUUACGAGCUAUAUUAUUAUUUUGUUAGGGGAUAAACGAAGGGGUUCUUCUUCUGUUAUUAAGCCCUUUAACUUUGUUUGAUGGGUUUCAAGAUGCUCUGUAGAAAAAAAAGAAUGAGCUGUUUGUGGUUUUUGUUUAUGUGUAAAGCUGAGAAUUAAGAAUUUUUAGAUACUUUGCAUCAGAUAGUUUUCCGUUAAUUUAUUUAUUUUCUGGUUAAACUGAACACGUGACCUGCAGCGAAUCUUUAAAACCAAACUAAGUGCUUGUUUUACUGAACAGUUGCCUUCACGGCUCCUGUUUUUUAAAGCACUUGUAAAUUAAUGUUUUAAAGACAAGGAAACAUUUGCAAAUGAACAUAAAUAACAUGUAAAUAACUUUAUUUACUGUGUCUGACGGAUGCGUUGUGAAGAUCAAUAAAAACAAAUAAGGAGCAUAUGGAGAUUGGUUUAUUCCAAGAAACUAAUCUUUUUUUUUUCUUUUCUUUUCUUUUCUUUUUUACACGGUGAAAAUGAGGAAUAAAUAGAUGGACUCUGUUCUGAAAGCAUUUUACUGGCAAUGUACAUUUUGAAGCCAAAUACAGCAAAAUGUCUCUAGCCGCUGCGCUCGCGACACGAACUGAAACCGCUACUGGUUGGUUCCCGCCGAAAGGUCGGAGGUGACGUACGGACGCUGGUCGGGUGACGUAGAUGCUCGGCUGCAGGUGACAGGAGCUCGCAGGUAAAGCUCAGAUCCAGUAGUCGUUCCUCCAUCUGGCAGUUUGAAAUGAAACAUGCAAUCGUGGCUGAAAAGCAUCUUCACUACAGUUACACCCCAAACAAAUAAAAUAAGUAAAAAAAAAAACAUUCUUUUUUUUAUUAUUUCCCUCAAAGCAACAAUAUUUCUUUAAAAUAAAAAGAAAACCGACAUUAUUAUUAUUAUCAUUAUUAUUACUACUAUUAUGGAGUAAUUACACACUUAUAGAAGUGGAGGCCAAUUUGCUUUAGUGGUUCAACAGAUUCCUUUUUGAUUUAUUUAAUCCGUUUUCCAUCCAGAGUCCUAAAGGCACAGUCCGUUUACGCUCCUUUGAACAACUGAGCCAAAUACUGACGAGGUGGAGGUGGGGGUGGGGGGUGGAGGUUUGGGUCUAGAUUUAAAUACGUUCAGAAAUUAAAACAUGUACACACACACAGGUGACAGACUGGCCUCGUCUAUAUUUUUUGUCUUUACAAAGGGACGUUUUGUGCCAAAAGAUCGAAGGACAGAAAUGCAAUAAAAAAAAAAAAAAAAAAAAAAAAA